AUGUUUAAGUUAAGCCUUCUGCUUCUGUUAGUAGGUCUCGUUUGUAUAGCCAGUUCUAGAGAUCUCCAUGAACGUCCUAGGGUCUUGGUGAGGAGAGACAUUAGCAGAGAAGAGCUGGAGGAUGACAAAGGCAUCACUGACCAAUCGGCUUCCCAAGAAAACACCAAAGAGGAGACGACCAAGAAACCUGUAGCAAAUGAUGAUGAUGAUGAUGAUGACGACAGUGAUGAAGAUCCAUUUGAUCUUGUUCCUGUUCGUAGCAUCUUCGACAAUUUACCCAACAUUUUCGGCAUUUCCCAGCCAAAGAGUUGGUGGUCUGGACCCAAUGUUUGUGUUGACCGUGAAGAGAAAGAGGAGACCUCGGAUGACUUUGGAAGCGAUUUUAUUGCCUUUGGCUCAGCCCAGUUCUCUACAUGUCAAAACAGCCUUUCCAAAUAUACUUGUAAGACAAUAACGAAGAAGAAUGGCAACACUAAGACUGUCAUUGUCUCCUAUCAGUGCUGCCAUGGCUACAGGAGAACUAGUAGUAAUCCAGGAUGUUCCAAGGUGGAAACCAAGCCAAUAGCUGACAUAGCUGAGGAAUUAGGGGCUAGCAAGUUCGCUGAUUUAGUCAAGACUACUGGUCUUGAGAAGGAACUCGAAGGAAAUGUUACCAUCUUCCUUCCUUCUGAUCAAGCUGUUUCAGAGCAUCAUGAUGAUUUAGACUCCAUGAACCAAAUAUUGACAAAUGAAGUGCAAGUUAGUAAUUCACCUGUUCGUGAUGAAAAAGCACUCGUCCGUGCUCAUGUUGUUGAUGGCGUGUAUGAAGUUUCAGACAUGUAUGAUGAAAUGAUUCUGCAAACCAGAGACAAUUCAACUCUACGUAUCAACUUUCUUCCAAAUCGACCCAUCACAGUAAAUUGUAUUAAAAUGAAUGCUACAGACAGAUUAACAGAAAAAGGUGUUGUCCACAUUGUUGACUCUCUAAUCAAACCAGUUAAGGGUACCAUUGCGGAUAAACUUUCAGAACCGAAAUUUGCUAAGUUCAAGGAACUUCUUGAAAGUAGUGAUUUAUGGAAUAUCAUGUCUGGAGAUAAAGCUCUCACAGUUUUUGCUCUGGAGAAUGAAGCAGUUGAAAAAAUAGGAAGCAAAUAUAAAAUGUGCAUGAAAAAUGUCCUUGCGCAUCAUAUUCUGCCCCAUAGCCUUUGUUCCAUUGCUGCUGAUUCCAGCAAUUUAGCAACUGUUGACAUCACAAAGAGCUGGCUACCAUUCACCAAAAAGGAUGAUGUUAUAAUCAUUGGCAAUAAGACCAAGUUAAUAGAACUGGACUUUGUUGCUACCAAUGGCAUAGUGCACACUGCUGAUUCUUUUGUUGUGCCAUCUUCUGCUAGAUCAAUCUCAGAACUUCUUGAGCAAUCUAACCAUAAGGAAUGGCUAUCAGUUGUCCAAAAGUCAGGCCUUUUGGAUCGUUUGGAAACAACUGAAAAUGUGACCAUGUUUGUUCCAACUAAUGAAGCUGUAAAAGAAGUUAUAGAUAGUGACAUGAGCCAGGAAGACCUAGAAAAACUGGUCAAAUUCCAUAUUGCUAAAGAUCAAGAUGGCCACAGUAUUAGCACUUGGCUUGAUGGACAAAAUCUCACUUUUUCAGCUGAGAAAAAUCUUUUCCCUGGCCUCUUAGGUAUAAGCAGGUUUAUGUCUGUUCAGUGCACUCCAUUAACAAAAAUUGGAGGACGAGUUUGUAAUGGUGUUCUUCAUGAGACUGGAUCGGUCAUGAAGCCAGCAACAAAGACACCUAUGGAAUUUAUGGAAACCCAUGAUCAACUCAAAACAUUCAGAAAAGUUCUUGAGGGUACUAAGAUAGAAAGCGAACUGAAAGGAGGUACUAUUGGUUCAGCUUUUACUCUUCUUGCUCCUGUUGACUCUGCUUUUGAAGAUAUUGGACAGGAGUCAUUGGAUAGCCUCUUAAAUGACAAAACUCUUGCUGAUCAAGUGAUUAGGUCACACAUUCUUAAAGAGCCAAUCUGCUGCAAUAACGUUGCUGCAUCCUCUUGGCCAUUCCUACCUGUCUCUCAGAGCCUUUCCGGUCGAGUGAUCGAAGUUUACAAAAAAGGGAGUGUAGCUGUAUUUGGUCAAGUUCCCACUGUAAGUUGUGACCAUGUUGUAAAAGGAGCUAUUAUCCACCUUGUUGAUGGGAUUAGACUUACACGUCAAAGGCCAAGGGACAGAGAACUAAUCCUGAAGAAGCCAAAUUCUGAAAUUAUCUUGGCUGGAAUCUAA